CAUCCGCACUCCGCAUUCGGCUUGCCGCUCUUGGGGGUCCAAGAAUCCCCUAUAAAUCCGUCCGCUCUCCCCGAUGAGGGGGGGAAAAAAUUACCCGGCACAAGUGUCAGUUGUUCAGUACUUGGUAGUCCGUAGUCGGUCCACUUCAUCUAUCACUAUCAGCUUGCGAGGAGAGGAAAAAAGGUCGUCUUCUCCAAUCUUUGGCUGUCUUGCCAAUGGCUUUCCGGGCAAUCCUUGGCUGACUCGACGGUCGUUUGAUGCGUUGUCGCCAUUUCUUGAUGCUUCUCCUCUUCGCGCCUGUCAUCAGGUAUUAAAGGUCUGGGGGUGUUGGAGGCUUUCGCUAAUGCGGUGGGUGUGCAUCGACUGAGGAGUGGGUGGUGGUACUGGGUACUGAGCGGUUCUUGCAAGAAAGGGGGUCAUGGCGCGAGCGCCGAGCGUGCCGGCAGCGACGGCCGUGGGGAUCGUGGUGCUGCUGACCGCCGCCGCCGCCGCCGCCUUCCGCGGCGCGGAAGGGAAAUCGUGCACGAACGCGUUCCCGGGAUUGACCUCGUCGCACACGGAGCGCGCGGCGGCGCAGCUGCAGCGGGGGCCACCGGCGACGGCGCUCCAGCCCGUCGUUCACCGCCACGGCCACGACCACGACCACGGGCACGAGCAGCACCUCACCCCGACCGACGAGUCCACCUGGAUGUCGCUCAUGCCGCGGCGAGCGCUGCGGCGCGAGGAGGCGUUCGACUGGCUCAUGCUCUACCGCAAGCUCCGGGGAGCCACCGCCGGCGGCGCGCCGCGCCGGCCCGGGGUUGCGGCGGGGACGUUCCUCUCCGAUGCGUCCCUGCACGACGUGCGGCUGGAGCCGGGCAGCCUGUACUGGCGAGCCCAGCAGACCAACCUGGAGUACCUGCUCCUCCUGGACGUCGACCGCCUCGUCUGGAGCUUCCGCAAGCAGGCCGGCCUGACGGCGCCGGGGACUCCCUAUGGCGGGUGGGAGGGCCCUGACGUCGAGCUCCGGGGACACUUUGUUGGGCAUUACCUGAGUGCUACUGCAAAGAUGUGGGCUAGCACACACAAUGAUACUCUGAAUGCAAAAAUGUCAUCGGUCAUCGACGCGCUCUCCGAUUGCCAGAAGAAGAUGGGCACAGGGUACCUGUCGGCCUUCCCGACGGAGUUCUUCGAUAGGGUUGAGGCCAUCAAGCCUGUCUGGGCUCCUUACUACACAAUCCACAAGAUUAUGCAAGGCCUUCUUGAUCAGUACACAGUGGCUGGGAAUUCCAAGGCUCUUGACAUGGUGGUAAACAUGGCUAAUUAUUUCAGUGACCGUGUGAAGAAUGUCAUACAGAAAUAUAGCAUUGAGAGGCACUGGGAAUCUCUCAAUGAGGAGACUGGUGGGAUGAAUGAUGUGCUCUAUCAGCUCUACACGAUAACGAAUGAUCUGAAGCAUUUGACACUAGCUCAUCUCUUCGAUAAGCCAUGCUUUCUUGGGCUGCUUGCAGUUCAGGCUGACAGUAUUUCCGGCUUCCAUUCCAACACACACAUUCCAGUUGUCAUCGGUGCGCAAAUGAGGUAUGAAGUUACUGGAGAUCCUCUUUACAAGCAAAUUGCAUCAUUCUUUAUGGAUACAAUAAAUUCUUCCCAUAGCUAUGCAACUGGUGGCACAUCUGCUGGUGAAUUCUGGACCGAUCCAAAGCAUUUAGCUGGGACUCUGAGUACUGAGAAUGAGGAAUCUUGCACCACCUACAACAUGCUUAAGAUUUCUCGCAACCUAUUCAGAUGGACAAAGGAAAUAGCAUAUGCAGAUUACUACGAAAGGGCAUUGAUAAAUGGUGUUUUGAGCAUUCAAAGGGGGACAGAUCCUGGUGUGAUGAUUUACAUGCUACCACAGGCCCCUGGACACUCUAAGGCUGUGAGUUAUCAUAGUUGGGGAACAAAGUACGAUUCAUUCUGGUGUUGUUAUGGGACAGGUAUAGAAUCCUUUUCAAAACUUGGUGAUUCUAUUUACUUUGAGGAGAAAGAAGAUUUGCCUGCACUCAAUAUCAUUCAGUACAUACCAAGUACAUACGACUGGAAAGCAGCAGGGCUUAUUGUUACUCAGAAAGUCAACACCCUCAGCUCUUCUGACCAGUAUCUUCAAAUUUCACUCUCCAUUUCUGCAAAGACAAAAGGUCAGACUGCCAAAUUGAAUGUUAGAAUUCCAUCAUGGACAUUUGCUGACGGUGCAGGAGCAACUUUAAAUGACAAAGAUUUGGGGUCGAUAUCUCCAGGAUCUUUCCUAUCAAUCACCAAGCAGUGGAACUCAGAUGAUCACUUAGCACUACGCUUUCCCAUCAGGUUGAGGACUGAAGCAAUUAAAGAUGACAGACCGGAGUAUGCAUCUCUUCAAGCAGUCCUGUUUGGACCAUUUGUUCUUGCUGGCCUAUCCACCGGUGACUGGGAUGCAAAAGCUGGCAAUGGCAGUGCAAUUUCAGAUUGGAUCACCGCUGUCCCUCCAGCGCACAACUCACAGCUGGUAACCUUCAGUCAAGUAUCAAAUGGGAAAACAUUUGUCCUCUCAAGCGCAAAUGGGACCCUGACAAUGCAAGAGCGACCUGAAGUUGAUGGCACUGACACUGCCAUCCAUGCAACAUUCAGGGCACAUCCUCAGGACUCAACAGAGCUGCAUGACAUCUACCGAACAAUUGCAAAGGGAGCAUCGAUUCUGAUCGAACCAUUUGACUUGCCAGGAACAGUGAUCACCAAUAACCUCACUCUAUCUGCACAGAAGAGCACAGAUUGCCUCUUCAACCUAGUGCCCGGGCUUGAUGGGAAUCCUAACUCAGUUUCCCUUGAGCUUGGGACCAGACCAGGAUGCUUCCUGGUGACAGGCACGAAUUAUUCUGCGGGGACGAAGAUUCAAGUCAGCUGCAAGAGUUCCCUUGAGAGCAUUGGUGGGAUACUCGAGCAAGCGGCGAGCUUUUCACAAACUGAUCCAUUAAGGCAGUACCACCCAAUCAGCUUCGUUGCUAAGGGGAUGACCAGGAACUUCCUCCUUGAGCCAUUGUACAGUUUGAGGGACGAAUUCUACACGGUUUAUUUCAACAUCGGGGCCUGAGUCCUGAAACUUACACUUGCAGUAGAAAUAAUACAGAAUAAAUAAUGGGCGACCUUUUUCUUCUCAUACACUGUAGCUUAGAACAGCCAAUGAAAGAGUAAAUGAGUUGUUUCAUGUGUAUUCCUCGCAUAUAUUCACUUAUGUGAAAUCACUUAUUAUGCAAUACCAAGCAAUUCAUACCCCGCUUCUUCUA